AUGUCUGAUCCUGACACGAAUUUGAGCGGAAGAGCUCGCCAUCUCGCCGCGCUGAAAAGUGUCUUCGAAGGAACCGGAGAACCGUGGGUAUAUCUUGCCGUGUUCCUGAAAUUCCUCUUCGGGGAUAUCACCUUCUCAAGCAUCCGACGUCGCGAAGUCCCGCAGCUCAUCCAAUGUCGUCAUGCAAUGAUGGACCAAGCUUUUGCGGCCAGCCCCUGUGUUGCAAUUAGGACAUGGGAUAGAAAUAAAAAUCCAGGGCUAGUGGUUUACGAUCUUUGUUUGUCGGCGAUGGAAUUUCUGCGCAGUUUGGGUAAGGAGGUAGCCCAAGAUGAACAACAGGACCGAGUCAGUACGAAGAUUCGUGUCGCUACCUUGGCUUAUCUUUGGAAAUUUGCCGAUGAUCUGGAUGAUCUACGUCGCGAGUUUUAUAUCCUGAAGGAUCUGCCGCCUGAUAUCGGAGUACUACACUUGUGUGGUUGCGGGCUCUGUGUGAAGGCCAACGGAAAGGAUGUCUUAGGCUGUUGCCAGAAAGAACAUUUGAUACUGGGAUCACUCGAAAACAACAUGGACCAUAAAGUCAACCAUGAUAUGCUGAGGCUCAUCCAGCCUACGGACUACACAGCGCUGAUCCAAAUCAUCCAACGCUCAAAGGACGGCCAAGGCAUAUUUUGA